CCGCGAGCUGUUGCUGGUUUUCGAGGAACAGUACGAUAUGCAUCAAUCAAUGCUCACAGAAACAGAGAAAUGGGUCGGCAUGAUGACCUCUGGUCCCUGUUCUACAUGUUGGUGGAAUUUGUGGUUGGGCAACUACCUUGGAGAAAAAUAAAAGAUAAGGAGCAAGUGGGCUCCAUUAAAGAAAGGUACGAGCACAGACUUAUGUUGAAACAUCUUCCUCAAGAAUUCAACAUCUUUCUGGAUCACAUUUCUAAUUUAGAUUACUUUACAAAGCCUGAUUACCAGCUUCUCAUGUCUGUGUUUGACAACAGCAUGAAAACAUUUGGGGUUAUUGAAAGUGACCCUUUUGACUGGGAGAAGAGCGGAACUGAUGGCUCUCUGACAACGACGACAACUUCAACUACACCUCAGUUACACACUCGUCUUACUCCAGCUGCCAUUGGAAUUGCCAAUGCCACUCCUAUCCCAGGAGAUUUGCUGCGAGAAAACACAGAUGAAGUGUUUCCUGAUGAACAGCUCAGUGAUGGAGAGAAUGGUAUUCCAGUUGGUGUCUCACCAGAGAAACUACCAGGAUCCCCUGGGCAUCAGCGUCCUCAGGAAAAAGACGUUUGGGAAGAAAUGGAUGCAAAUAGAAACAAAAUAAAACUGGGGAUCUGUAAGGCUGCCACAGAGGAAGAAAACAGCCAUGGGCCAGUGAAUGGAAUGCUUAAUGCACCGAGUCUCGGUUCUCCAAUUCGUGUUCGCUCAGAGACCACCCAGCUAGACAGAGACGUCCCACUGGUGCGAAAGUUACGUUCAAUUCACAGCUUUGAACUGGAGAAGCGUCUGACGUUGGAAUCAAAGCCAGACACUGAUAAAUUUAUUGAGACCUGUUUGGAGAAGAUGCAGAAAGACUUGAAUGCUACGGCAGAGAAUCCUGUUGCUGCUGUUCCUCCUCUUUCUGAGAAAACACCUAUUCCUGCUCCUGUGACUGCCCGCAUGGACCAUGUUUGGCACUAUGAUGAAGAAUAUCUUCCAGACGCUUCAAAGCCUGUGUCAGCUAGUUCUCCAGAACAUGUUGAUGGUGUUAUUAGCAAUGGAUUUGUAGCUGUUAACUUAAGCUCCUGCAGGCAGGAGGUUGAUUCUAAGGAAUGGGUGAUAAUAGAUAAGGAACGGGACUUGCAGGACUUCAGGACAAAUGAGGCUUUAGGGCACAAAAUGACUGGAAGUCCCUCAGAUGAAGAGCCGGAGGUACUACAAGUUCUAGAGGAGUCCACUCCAGAAGAGCAACCCAGACAGGGUGGCUGGGCAGGAAACAGUGUCCAUGCCAAGAACCAAACCUCAGGGGUGGAGUUUGUUCUAGCCAUGGAGUGUCAUCCUGCUGCUUCCGAACAGCUCACAGAUAAAUUGGAACUUCUGUCCGGAGCUGCUGGACAGCUUCUUGCAGCCACCCCUACAAGUCCUAUGGAAGCUCAAGCAGAAGGAGCACUCACUCCGCUCAACUCAUCUCAUAUGCUGCAUUUCUCCACUCCAAGAAUUUCAAGUCCCAUCCUCCGCACCAUGAGCCCUAUAGCCUAUCUAUCCAUCCACUCGGACCCUUUGAAAGAGGCAGGUUUACCAAGGAGUCAAUCAGCUGAGAGCCACUCCUCUUCCUCCCGCUCAACUGGUCGUAGGCAGCUUCCUGUCAUUCCCUGUGGCAACAAGUUUCCCCCUGUCAUUCGCAUCUCAAAAGCACAACUUCAGCAGACAG